AAUCUCUCCUGAAGGAUGGCUAAUUGCGCAACGGUUUUUGCGUCACUAUAUAUAGUCUAUAUGGAACCUUAGCACUCUCAUCAAAUUUUUUAUAUAGUCUAUAAGGCAUUAUAGCACACACAGUUUGUGUCAAAAGCCAUUCAAAGCACACAAGACACCCUCGGAUCGAUCGAUCCAUCGUCUCAAUACAAUAGGCAUAGUUAAAAUACAGUUUUAUAUUUUAUAUCCAAAAUUGUGAGAAAGAGAAUGGAGAAGUUCACGAGUGGUGUGGCCCUUUUUGGUGUUGUUGCUGUGCUGCUAUUGCAAUGCGCAGCAGCACAAACAGUGCAUGUGGUAGGAGAUAACAUCGGUUGGAGUGUUCCAGCAGGUGGUGCUUCCGCAUACGAAACUUGGGCGGCCAAUAAGCAAUUCAUGGUUGGCGAUAUCCUAUUAUUCAACUUCGCCACAAAUGAGCACGAUGUUCUUCAAUUGCCGAAAGAAUCCUAUGAUAGUUGUAGCUCAUCUAAUCCCAUCGGCAACACCAUCACCAUUGGCCCUGCCAACAUAACUCUGUCCACUGCUGGUACCAACUACUACAUCUGCACUAUUGGUCGGCAUUGCCAAUCAGGCCAGAAGUUAGCAGUUACAGUCUCCGGCUCUCCAAGUGCUGUCCCGCCUACGACGAGUACUCCACCUUCCAACCCAACUCCUUCUACAACACCAUCUCCCACAUCAGGGACCCCUGCUGAUUGCGCUCCAACUCCUGCAUCAUCUCCGACAUCAUCCCCACCUACAUCGCCGCUACCUGAUUCUUCAUCAUCUAGUGUCUUUGCUAGUUUAUUUAUCUCUUUGUUUUCCAUUGUCAUGAGUUUCAUUUUCUAAGGAAAAAGGGGGAAAUUUAUAGUUGAUAAUACAUUGAUAUGUACUAUGAUGUUAGAAUUUUGUUUGAAGCUUAUUUCUUUAUGCCAUGAUUUGAUCAACUGGUGAUUGAAUUUUGUAAUAGAACUACAUAUAUAAUGUAUUAUUUGAGAA